UUUGGUUCGCAAGACACCAAAAAUCUAAUUUUUCAAAAAAAUAUAUAUAUAUAAAAGCUUUGUACACGUGUAUUAAAUUUAACAUAUUUGUAAAAAAAAAUCAGAAACUUUAAUAACAAAAUAUAAUUUUAUGCAUGUUAUAAAGGAAAAGAAAUAGAUAUUUCCUUGAACCCAACGCAUUCUUAGGUAUGGACUUGAGGUUUGGAGCUAGGUUCGGUUUCAUAACAAACGCAAUCUUAGGCUUGGAAUAUAUGUUGGUUUAGUCGAAACUGAGGAUAAGAACGACUCUCUCUCUCUGCUCUUCUCAACUUCUUCUCUGCAAGAAACUCAUCUCUCUCGCUUUCUUAAACCCUUUUUCACUAUUUCUCACAUUCUCUCUCUCUACAACCCUUUAACCUAUUUCCUACAAAAGUUCUGGGGCUGACUCUGAAAAGCCACGUCGCUUAACUUACUGCAUUCUCAAAAAUGGCGAUCGAAAACCACGAGAACCCAAAUCAAGAAAUCAAGCCUAAGAGCAUAAGAAGCAUGGGUGUAGGUGGACCAGAGGAAGAAGAGAAUCAAUGGCCUCCAUGGCUGAAACCAUUACUGAAAGAAGAACACUUCUUUGUUCAAUGCGACUCUCAUGGAGACUCACCUAAAAACAAAUGCAAUAUGUAUUGUUUGGACUGCACUAAUGGCUCCUUUUGCCCUCUCUGUCUUGAACAUCACAAGGAUCAUCGUACCAUCCAGAUAAGGAGAUUGUCGUAUCACAAUGUUAUAAGGGUCAACGAGAUUCAGAUGCAUUUAGAUAUCUUGAGCGUUCAGACGUAUGUGAUCGACGGCGCAAAGGUUGUGUUUUUGAAUGAAAGGCCUCAGCUUGAGCGCGUUAGAGGAGUUAGAGUUACUAAUGCCUGCGAUGUCUGUUCUCGUGGCCUUGCUGACGAUUGCUUUUGCUUCUGCUCUCUUGGCUGCAAGGUAGCAGGAACUUCUAGAAGCUUUGAGAAGGGAGGGGAGCAUACAGUAAUGGAAUCAGAGAAUUCGAGCAACAUUUCAGGAGUAGAGAAUAACAUUCCAAAUCCACAGAGUGUAAACGCAUCAACAACAGAACUUCCUACUUCUACUUCUUUGAGAAAAAGACCUAGAAAGGGAAUACCUUACCGAUCUCCACUGCAAUGAGGUUAGAUCGGCAAUGAAGAAGGAGGUUGUGUUACAUUUCAAGGUUAAUGGUUAUAUAUUAGACAUCCUCAAAAGAGUAGGUAAAUAGCUCAAUACAAGACACAACAUAAAAGGUUUUAACUUUGUUUGAUAACUAGUAACUGUAAAUAUAUGAUAUAUUCUUGUAUAUAAUGAGGAUAGACAGGGGUUAAAAGUGAGAAUUAAGACAAGAUACUGAGGUUUUUUACCUAGUUGGAUUUUUCACAAAGUCCUUGUGUGUAAAUUUGGCUUUGAUGAAUUAUAUAACAAUGACAUAUACCUUUUACAUUCUCUUUUUUUUUUUAUGUAUUGUAGAAAUCCGAAGUUAUGUUAUGGAGAUUUCACAUUUGUAUAUAUAGAAUAUUUCCAUCC